GUUUGGGUUGAGAUCUGUUUGCUUGGAGACAACCAGUGGCCCCGGUGGGAUUUCUGUGUGUGAGGGGAUGGCAGUUUUGUUUGCAGAUCUCUGCUAAUCCCGAAUGUGGAUGUCUCCUCCCCGCAGAGGCACUGGUAGGCUGCCAGGAGGGGAUUUGGGGUGUUUUUUUUGGAAGCCCGGAUGGCUCACAAGGGCAAGGCAGGAGCUGUCAUGCCCCCGAGCUCUCUGUGUGGGAAGGCAGGGGAGCGGUGCUGCAGAUGGCUCCGACAUCAACAGGGUGGCACCUGCCGGGUUGGCAGAGCCCUCGAUCCUUUGCAGGCAUACUGUUGUCCUGCUCUGUCCUUCCCAAGUGGCCCAAGGGACUUCCAGAAUCCUCCUCCACAUCCCACCGGCUGUUUCGGCUCAAUCGUAGCUCAAGCUCCCAGCCGGCAGGAUCCUACCGGAGGAGGAGGCGAGCUCUGCCCAGAAACCCACGGGCACCUGCGCCAGGGACGGGCUGCGCUGCCUUCAGUGCGUGCCGGGGCUGGCAGGGACUACAGAUCCCAGCAUGCUGCUGCCUGCCUCUCCCUCCUCCUCCUCCCCUCCUCCUCCUCCGCCCUACCUGGCGGGGCGCAGGGAUGCUGCAGGCGGCGUUGGAGCAGGCAUCCGUGGGGCAUGUCCCGGGGGCGCCGGGGACGCGGCGCCGGCAGCCCCGCUGCAGGUGAAGCCCUGGGAGACAAGGAGCCGGAGCGCCCCAUGCUGCGCCGCCCCGACUGGAAAAGGACAAGACGGAGAGCAGCCAUAAGACUUGCUGGGACCUGUGCUAACUCUUGCCACACAAGAUGACAGCAAGAGACGGGCCCCAAGAUAGGUACAAGGCUGUCUGGCUGAUCUUCUUCAUCCUCGGCCUGGGAACACUGCUGCCAUGGAAUUUCUUCAUGACUGCCAGAGAGUAUUUCAUCAGUCGCCUUGCGGACCCGGAGGAGAUGAGCCACAUCGGGAACCAGACUGGCGAGGCCACCUUCACACCCUCCUACCUGCAGUCCGUGUUUGACAACUUCAUGACUCUCUGCGCCAUGGUGCCCCUCCUUAUCUUCACCUGCCUCAACUCCUUCAUCCACCAGCGGAUUCCCCAGCAGAUCCGUAUCUCAGGCAGCCUGGUGGCCAUUGGGCUGGUGUUUCUAGUCACCGCGAUCAUGGUGAAAGUCCCCAUGGAUCCUCUUCCCUUCUUCGUCUUUACCAUGAUCAGCAUUGUCUUCAUCAACUCCUUCGGCGCCAUUCUCCAGAGCAGCCUGUUUGGGCUGGCAGGGCUCCUGCCUGUCAGCUACACAGCUCCCAUCAUGAGUGGGCAGGGUUUGGCAGGCACCUUCGCUGCUUUGGCAAUGAUCUUCAGUAUUGCCAUUGGUGCCCAGCAACCCGAGAGCUUCAUCGGUUACUUCACCACGGCCUGUGUGACAAUCGUGCUGGCAAUCGUCUCCUACGUAGUUCUGCCUCACAUGGAUUUCUUCCGAUACUACUCCAUGAAGGACAAGACAGAGUACCGCGUGUACAAUGCAGAGCUGGAGACCAAGAGAGACCUGAUUAAGAAAGAUGAGAAUGGGAUGGAGCAGAAUAACUCAAAGGUCAUCCCUGUCCACAACCCUGAUGAGCAGCCCUCUGUCAUUGCUAUUUUUAAGAAGCUCUGGGUCUUGGCUCUGUCUGUCUGCUUCGUCUUCACUGUCACCAUCGGCGUCUUUCCUGCCAUCACAGCUAACGUGUCCACUGUCCUCGGAGAGGGAAACAAAUGGGGUCUCUACUUCAUUCCUGUCUCCUGCUUCCUGCUCUUUAACGUCUUUGACUGGACAGGACGCAGUCUCACUGCCCUCUUCACAUGGCCCGGGAUGAACAGCUGCCUCCUGCCAGUGAUGGUGGUCCUCCGUGUCAUCUUUGUCCCUCUUUUCAUGCUGUGCAACGUGAAACCCCGUUCUUACCUGCCUGUUGUGUUCUCUCAUGACGCCUGGUACAUUGUCUUCAUGAUCUUCUUCUCCAUCUCCAAUGGCUACCUGGCAAGCCUUUGCAUGUGCUUCGGGCCAAAGAAAGUGCUUGUGCACGAAGCAGAGACAGCUGGAGCUGUCAUGGCGUUUUUCCUGUCACUGGGUCUGGCCCUAGGAGCUGCUCUCUCCUUUCUGGUCCGAAUUCUCAUCUAGCAGAGGCACACAGAGGGUGCAGGGACACCAAGAGAUGGCUCCGCAUCCUCCCCUGAGGCCCUGGACACCUCAGCACUGUGGGGAAAUAACAGCUGACACCUGUCCCUGCCAAAUCACACUGCCACAGCAGACAUUACACCCAGGGACGGUUCCACUCCUGCAGGGCUGGCCUGGUUCCUGCCACGCUCGGCUGCGUGAUGCCCUCAGGCCCACGUGCCUUCUCCUUCCCCAUGCUGUGUGUGUUGUAAGACCCCCGGGAUCUCCAAGAAGUCCAGCUGCCUCCCGUGCUGCGUAACUUCCCUGGCUCAAGGCCAAAAGCCAUUUUCAGCCUCUUUCUCUCUGAGAGAGUGAAAGGCUGGUAACUAGUGUUACUCCUCUUGCCCGUGUCUCCAAAGCACCUAGGAGAUUCUCUCCUCUCCUCUCCUCCUAGGGGGCCUGGAAUUAUCCCACACCCCUGCUCCUGCUGAUAGACUUGUGAAUGGUGAGGAGAGCCCCAGCCAGCCUUGCCAUCCCCGCUCUCUGCUAUACGCACAUCCCCCUGACCAGUGGUAUCCCUGAAGUGUAGACAUCUGUGUCCCAGCCACAGAAAGAGCCAACACCAUGGCCAGGCUGAGGGAGGAGGAGGUCUCCACACCCCACCUUCUCCCCCUCUCCUUGCCUCUCUUCCUUUUUUUUUUUUUUUUUUUUUUGUGAUUCUGACAUUGGUUUUUUUUUCAGCCUCCUGGUUGUGUGACAGGAGGCUCUACUGUGGGUUACAAGAGGAAAAGCAGCAACUCCCUUCCCAACAAAGCUGCCUUCCCUGCCCAUGUGUGCUACAAGGGAAGGCCUCACCUCUCCCUUGGCUUUCAUGUCCCUUGUCACGUAAAUGUGUCUAUACAGUUGCCAUUUUCUAUAAAAAGAACAAAACGCU